CAGCUAACACGGCUAUGACCAAUGCAUUUCCCACGACGUCAGCUAACAAUACUUCUGCCGGGACCUCGGUGCUUCCCACGACCUCAGCAGCCAAUACUUCUGCGGCGGCCACUGCCCUUCCCACAGCCACAGCAACCAAUACUUCUGCGGCGGCCACUGGGCCUCCUCCGACCUCAGCAACCAAUACUUCUGCGGCGGCCACUGGGCCUCCACCGACCUCAGCAACCAAUACUUCUGCUUGGAUCAAUAAUUCUGCUACGACUAUUGUUUAUUCCACAACCCCGGCUAACAAUAUGCCUGCCGUGAAAACUGUGCCUGCUCCGACCCUGGCAAACACUACUUCUGCUGGGACCACUGCCCUUCCCACCGCCAUGGCUAACACUACGUCUGCUGUGACCACUGCUCUUCCCAGGGCCACGGCUGCCACGACUGCCGCUGAGUCCACUGCCGGUACCAUGGAGAUGACAACAGUCGCCAUGUCAACCACCGUCGGCACCACACCCGGAGCCACGCCUAUGGUACAUUCCGCUACUGGCUCAGCUCCGACGACGCUUGCUAACGAUACGUCGACGGCGCGCACCGGCAACAGCGUAUCGUCUUCUACUGGAGUGUCGCCAAUGCCAACUGACGCACCCACGUCGCGGCGGGAGCAUGCAAUCAGCACCAAGGGUGGUAGCGGCGGUGGUGGUUCUACAGCUACUGUGGCAUUACCUACUGCUACUGUGGCAUCACCCACUGCUACUGUGCCAUCACCCACUUCUUCUGUGCCAUCACCCACUGCUACUGUGGCAUCACCCACUGCUACUGUGCCAUCACCCACUGCUACUGUGCCAUCACCCACUGCUACUGUGCCAUCACCCACUGCUUCUGUGCCAUCACCCACUGCUACUGUGCCAUCACCCACAGCAACUACCACAGUUACGACUGACAGGGGACAUAUGAACAGCAAUGUCAGUGGUAGUGGUGACGCCUCCACUGCUACUGCAGCAGUGUCACGGAGAGACACGCUCACAUCGCACAAAUACGCACACGCUAGCAGUGCUAAUGGUGGUAGCGGUGCAGCAGUUCCGACCUCUAACCCGGCCGCUACUGCUCGCCGCGUAGUGCUCCCCGGUGAGCAGGGAUCAGCCCAGCCCACUGCGGGCCACAGCGGCAGCCAAGCCCUUGAUCAUCACCGACCUUCUGCCUGUCUACAACUAUGUCGUCGGGCGAGAACUAACACUGGAGUGCGUGGGUCAAGCUUCUCCUCGUCCCACGGUGCACUGGCAUACUCGUGCUCUUGAGGACGGCGUGUUCAAACACGUCAACAGCAGUACGAUGGGAACAGCGCGCGAUGUUAUCGUCAACGCGACGGUCACCUCCAGUAGGUUCUCGAUCCGUUCUCUGCCCAGCCAUGAAUCACUCGUGACUGUGCGGUGUCAGUUCAAGGGGCUCAACGACACGAUGACGGAUUCUUCCACGGCGCGUGUCGUUUUAUCUUCAAUCGCCAGGUCAACUGAUAAGAAUUCCAUUCUUAUCCCACUAGGACUCGGAGUUGGCGUUGGUGUCAUUCUGUUGGCUGUCUUCUUCGUGUUCCUUCUCAAACGCUCCAGCAGCAAGAAUAAGCAGAGUUCUCGAUUAUGGCCGAGAACGUGGAACAUGAGCAGCUGGUCUGUUGCCAACGGCGUCGGAAACCAUCGUCUUGACAACAACGACGCUUCGUCGACCUCGGACUCACGGAAGCAGCCGCUCCGGGCAGCAUCCACCACUAACUUGGUUACCGCGCCUGAGUAUGAGACCAGCGACCCGCUCCGGCCGCUGCGAUCAGCGCAGUCCGCUACGUCGAUGGCCUCCCUGGGCAUCUACGAAAUACCGCCAGGGAAGUUUGGCUUGCAGGAACGACCGUCCACGUUCGACGCUUUCCGUGGCAAGGAGCGAAGGAACAAUGCCAAUCCGGAUUUGGCCGCCGGAGGAGGGCUCAGAGAAGAGGACGACGACACCCCAGAGCCCGAAGAAGACACGUACUUUGACGGCGAGGAGAUGCGCCAGAGUAUGAAGAAGGUCGUCAAGGCGUCGUCCAUGCGCGGAAAGAAUAAGCUGUGUGCACAGGGGACGACGGACGACAAAGCUAACAUAUAUACGACCAGUCAACAUUCCCGCGGUAACUUUAAUGCGGAUGUUCUCGGGCACAAGUCCGCUGCGCCUGACGUCAGGCAAGUUGUGGAAGCCAACAGCACCGUCUACCAGGUCCUCGGUGCUGCUACACGCCUAGCAAAUGGGAUCCCAUCCGAACCAGAACAAAGAGCUGAGGACGGCUACGAACUGGACUUGAGAGAUGGCGAUGGCAGGUCGGCCUGCUUGUCGUACAAUGAGCUGCCAACCGCACUGCCCAAUCAGGCUACCACCGACGCAGCCGCAGAGUUUGAAGAGCCGUACGAUGUGUACGAGGACCUGGGCAGGGCUGGUCGUCAGCUGACCCAGAAGGUGUCCUCGCACACUCUCAAGAACCUAUCAGCGGUGGGCUGUCAGCAGUUCAUCGAGCAGAGCAAUGGUGACAUUGAGCCAUACGGAGAGCACUUCAGCCAGCAGUACACGGAUUACUCAAUUGAGCCGUACACCGAUCACUCGAUUGACCCAUACAGACAGCACAGUAUUCAGCCCUACAGCAGGCAUUCCAUUGAACCAUACAGCAACCAAGAGCUCUAUAUGACCACUGGCGCUAGCACGUUUCAGGCGGAAGUUACUGCGGCGAUAGAGGCCAGCCCGGAUUAUGACAUCAACGAGGAGCGCAGUGCUUUCGAAACGCUUGGGGACAGUUCUUUCCAAUCCGUGGAGAAGAAGAAACCGUCUCUGAUAAUUCGUCUGAGUCAAUCCAUGCGCCAUUCUCCCCUUGCGCUGAGAAGGCAUCUGUCGAAACCUGAACCGGAAGAACUACUUCCGAACUGGGAGCCACCGUCGACGUUUGUGUCGCAGCCAACCCUGCAGCACAACGAAUACAAUGAUAUUCCACCGCAGCAAACUAACACGACGCAACAGGAGGAAGCUCGCAAGGCGAGGAGGCCUGUACCCGUCAUGGAACUAGAGCAGGAAGACGUGUACGAAACUCCCACCCUGCCGCCUAACCAAUACCACAAGGCUGACACUGCACCUACAGUAGGGCUCCAAUCAGAGACGACGGAUCCCGGCCAGGAGCUUCACAGUCUGGGCAAGAUGCCCAAGGAUCGGUUUGUCGUUCAAUCGCCAAGCCACUACAGCGCCGCGGAUACGUCUCGAAGAUCAGCCGACGAGCCGGACGACAUCUACAACCAGUACAGCCAGGGCCCUUCGAAAUAUUUCGUUUCCUCCAUGAACUCUAGUGGACGGGCAUCGCUAGUCUGAUGAUUCCCGGCUGAAAAAGGUUGAACAGACCAUGCAUGCUUCUCUCCUUGCACCCAGUGGGAAGAAUGCUUAGCCAAGCAUAAACUAGUGAGUAGAGAUCCGAGGGCAGAAGUUUACCGUGUUCAACUGCGGCGGGAACUGAGGGCCAAUGAUGGAGCUGGUGUACGCACAUGAGCACUGGGAUGCUUCAGAUCCGCGUAACAAGCUGCUUUCGUAACAUGCUGUCCAAGUCUUGACGCGCUGAUGGCAUUUGUGCCGUAGGUACUCUGUUCGGCAUCGAUCGGUGUUGGCUCCCUCGCGGGAAUUGUGACGCACUGACGUGGUGGCAGUGACUGUGCUUGAACAACCGUUCUGCGGUAGCACCUCGUCACUUUCCCUGGCGCUGUGCCGAGCACUGGUCCGUGUACGCACGUGCACAUACGCGGCUGAAUAAGGAGUCUUGCGCAUCGUAAUAUUGAUUAUUGUGCUUGCAAUUGUAGUUUUCGGUAACGUUUGCCCCAACACGCGACCUUUCCUACCCCAAUCUCACGCCCGCAAGCAAUGCGUCGUGGUUUCAAGUUUUCAGCUCCCCCCCCCCCC